AUGACGGCACCUCGCCCUUUCUGGAAGCCUGGCUCGGCGCGGCCAGGCAGCUCGCUCGACCGCGACUCGGAAGCGGAGCCAUCGCUCCUCACAUCUGCCGUGCCCUCCUCUUCCGCGUCUCUGCCCAUCGCUGCGCAGCGAGACUCGAUCCUCUAUGCGCUCGAGCGCCAUCAGGUGCUCAUCGUCGUCGGAGAGACCGGCUCCGGCAAAACCACGCAGAUCCCACGCUUUCUAUAUGACGCAGGCUGGACCACCGCCGCCCCGGCUUCGGCGGGCAACAUGAUCGCAUGCACGCAGCCGCGUCGCGUCGCCGCCGUAUCCAUCGCCGCCACCGUCGCUGAGCAGAUGGGCGUCAGGCUAGGCCACGAGGUCGGCUACACUAUACGAUUCGAAGACAACUCGUCAGCCGCCACGCGCAUCAAAUACAUGACCGACGGGACGCUCUUUCGCGAAUGCAUCAAGGACCCGUUGCUCACCCGGUACAGCAUGAUCAUGGUCGACGAGGCGCACGAGCGCGGCGUACACACGGACCUGCUGCUCGGUGUGCUCUCCAAAAUCCUGCGCAAAAGGCCCGAGCUGCGAGUCAUCGUGGCGAGUGCCACCAUCGAUGCGCUCACUUUUAAGGACUUUUUCGAAGACAGUCGCGUCGUCUCGCAAGGCAGUGACAAGCACCAAGAAGACCGAGCGACGGUGCUCCAGAUCAAGGGGAGGUCAUUUCCUGUGCACGUGGCGUACCUCGACGAGCCGUGCGAGGACUACCUGCAGAAGACCGUCGAUACCAUCUGGAACAUCCACCUCGCUGAGCCGCGCGGCGACAUCCUUGCCUUCCUCACGGGCCGCGACGAGAUCGACACCGCCCUCCAAAUGCUUGCGGAUCGGCAGCUGGAUCUGCCGGACUCGGCAGCGCGCAUGCAUCUGCUGCCACUGCAUGCGGGGCUGUCGGCGUCGGAGCAGACGGCAGUGUUUGCUCCGCCGCCCUCGUCGGCACUGCGCAAGGUGGUGGUGGCCACCAACAUCGCCGAGGCGAGCAUCACGCUCGACGGCAUCGUCUACGUCGUCGACUGCGGGCUCGUUAAGCUCCGCGCCACGACGGGUGCGGGGAGGGAUGCGCUGGGCGUGGUGCCCAUCUCUCGUGCGUCGGCGGUGCAGCGUGCGGGGCGUGCGGGGCGGACUCGGGAGGGCAAGUGCUUCCGGCUGUACACGCAGCGGUAUGUGGAGCAGAUGCACGCCUCGACGCCGCCCGAGCUCACGCGCGUCGAUGUGGCCGCACCCGUGCUCAUGCUCAAGGCGCUCGGCAUCGACAACCUCGCGCGCUUCGAGUGGGUGCCGCCCGCGCCGCCGCCCGCGCUGCUGGCAGCCGGUCUGCAGAGGCUCGUGGAGCUCGGUGCGCUCGACGAGUAUGCGCGGCUGACCGAUCGCGGGGCAGUGAUGGCCGAGCUGCCGUUGCCGCCGCAUCUGGCACGGAUCCUGGUCGCGUCGGCCGAGCCGGCGUUCGCAUGCGCGCACGAGAUGCUCGCCAUCCUCGCGACCAUGCAGGUGAGCACGCUCUUUGUCUCGCCACACACGCCGCAGACGCAGUUGAGCCAGCGUGCGUUUGCCGCGCAGCAAGGCGAUGUGUUUACGCUGCUCAACGUCAUGCUUGCGUUUAGCGACGAGCGUGUGGGACGCAAGAGUGCAAAGUGGGCGCAGCGGCACCGGCUCAACUUUGCGGCGCUCAGUCGUGCGCUGUCGAUCCGGCAGCAGCUCGAGCGCUUCAUGGUGCGGUUCGGGCUCGAUGCAACGUGUUCGGUGCGCGGGAGAGAGGAUGCCGUGGAGCGUGUGACGAGGUGCAUGCUCACGGGUCUGUAUGCCAACGUGGCGCGCUACGACCCGGUGGGCAUGACAUACACGACUACGGCGGGGCACAAGGCGUGGGCGCAUCCGGACUCGGUCUUCUUCAACCGACGCCCGGAGGCGGACUGGAUCGCGUAUGGCGAGGCGGUCGAACAGGCCACACCGGAUGGCACCAAGACGUACCUGCGCGACCUGCUUGCCCUGCCGCACCUCGAGUGGGCGACGAGCGCCGUGCCCGGCUACUACGCCGUCAGCACGCAGUGGGGCACACGAUCCAAAUCACCAUCCUAG